UUAGGGUUUAAGCGUAUGCGCAGUAACUAGCCGCUAAUCGAUCAUAAGUGAACUUCUUAUGGCCUCCAGGAUUAAUCAAGAACCCGAAGCUUACAGAGUUGAGGAACAAAUUGAUGAAGAAGAAGAAGACGGCGAGGGGGAGUCAGAAGGUUGGGAUGACUGGAACGGGGAUGAGGAUGAGGGAGGAGAGGGAGGCUCAGAAUCGGAUUUUCUCUGUCUCUUCUGCGAUUCCAAGUAUAGUUCGUGCGAUUCCUUGUUUGAGCACUGCGCCAAAGUCCACUACUUUGAUUUUCCUUGCAUUAGGAAAGCUCUUAGCUUGGAUUUUUAUGGCUCUUUCAAGCUCAUUAAUUACAUACGCUCACAGGUCGCGGAUAACAAAUGUUGGUGUUGUGGAUUGACGUUCCAGUCCAACAAAGAUUUGCAGAAUCAUUUGCAUGACACAGUAAACUUGAAGGAUAUUAAGUGUCUAUGGGAUGAUGAGAGAUAUCUAAAGCCUUUCAUACAAGAUGAUUCGUUGCUGUACAGUUUUGAUGAAUCUGAAGAAAUUGAAGAUGAGCAGUUUCCACCAAUUAAUGAGGAGGAACUAGUGGGGGAUUUGAAGAACUCUGAAGAGAUUUGUGGUGGUGAUCAGAAUACUGUGGAAAAGAUGGUACUUAAUGCUGAUGACUAUGAUAUGUCUAGAGUUAAGGGAACUACUAUUUCUGUUAAUGAUAUUAACAGUCCUAGUUCAUCAGACAAGGAUCUUAUUAAUGAUAAGGACUCAAGAGGUUUUGUUUCAUCAAAUGACAAAAGUCAAGAAGGACAUUUGAUCUCUAACUCUUCAAGUCGUCUUGCAAAGCACAUCAUGAAGGUUAAUGAAAAUUAUUUUGGAGCUUAUAGUUCAUUUGGCAUUCAUCGUGAGAUGCUCAGUGAUAAGGUAAGAAUGGAUGCAUAUGGGAAAGCUAUUUUGAAGAACCCCUCUCUCCUAAAGGGUGCUGUAGUCAUGGAUGUAGGUUGCGGAACUGGAAUCCUCAGCCUAUUUGCAGCUCAAGCAGGCGCGUCAAGGGUGAUUGCAAUUGAGGCUAGUGCCAAGAUGGCAGCAGUGGCGACUAAGGUUGCAAAUGAUAAUGGUCUUUUGCAUUGUAAAAACCAAAGUCAAGCCGAUGGCCACCAGAAGGGAGUAAUGGAAGUGGUCCAGGGUAUGGUUGAAGAGGUUGAUAAAAACGCUGAACUUCAACCUCACAGCGUUGAUGUAUUGUUAAGUGAAUGGAUGGGAUAUUGCCUGCUGUAUGAGUCUAUGCUUAGCUCAGUCCUCUAUGCAAGGGACCGAUGGUUGAAGCCUGGAGGGGCCAUUCUUCCUGAUACAGCGACCGUUUUUGUUGCGGGUUUUGGAAAAGGGGGUACAAGUCUUCCUUUUUGGGAAAACGUGCAUGGUUUUGACAUGUCUUCCAUUGGCAAGGAGUUGGUGAACGAUGCUGCGCAAUUUCCAAUAGUUGAUGUUUUGGACUGUGAAGAUUUGGUCACCAGUUCUGUGAUUCUUCAGACUUUUGACUUGGCAACUAUGAAGCCUAAUGAAGUGGAUUUCACUGCAACUGCUACUUUGGAGCCAAUGUCAAAUGCCAGCAACACAAAACAUUUAGAUUCAAAAACAGGAUGCUGCAGCUGUUAUGGAGUUGUCCUGUGGUUUGAAACUGGAUUUACAAGCAGGUUCUGCCGAGAAGCACCGGCUGUGUUGUCAACAUCUCCGUACACGCCAAAAACACAUUGGUCGCAAACAAUCUUAACCUUCCGGGAACCCAUUGCUAUGAGAUCUGAGAAAGCUACUGGAGGUAAAGUUGCAGCAAUUGGUACUGAAGUUUACCCAGCUGCAAAGAUUGAUUUGCGCAUUAGUAUUGUCCGAUCUACAGAGCACCGCAGCAUUGACAUUUCCUUAGAAGCUGUUGGGGUCGGCCCUGAUGGUCGGAGACGCAGUUGGCCUGCACAACUCUUUAGUCUGCAGUAGAAAGGCUGAAGGACCACCCCAGCAGAAACAUGUUACUGGCAAGUUUUGUUGUUUGCUUGCAAUCAGUUUUGGGCAACUAUGUUUCCUGAUGAAAUAUUUAUGUUUCUAGAUGCCCUUUGAGCGCACAUUAGUUCACAGUUUUGUUACGUUGUAUGUGUAUGAGUCCUGAAUUGAGCUAAAAUAUUAUACUAGUUAGAUUUAAGGUGCA